AUGGACAACUUCAAUUCAAUCGCGUUCGAGCGCUUGCUGAGCCCCUCGGGGCUGCUUGGCCUCACUGGAGUUUGGCUCGGUUAUCGCGUCGUGCUGGCUCUUUACAACGUCUCUCCUUUCCACCCUCUGUCCAAAUUCCCUGGGCCCAAAAUUGCCGCCGCUUCAUACUUGUAUGAGGCAUACUAUGACUGGAUUCUCAUGGGUCGGUAUGGUAGGAGAAUAGAGAAGAUGCAUGAGCAGUAUGGUCCCAUCGUGCGCGUCAGCCCUGAUGAGCUUCACUGCAGCGACCCCUACUUUGCCGAUGAGAUAUACACGGGAAAGCCAGGUAGAAUUCUCAAGCUUGAAGAUGAAGUGUACAACUACGCUAAGCUCGCUAUUGAGAAAAUGCUCCGCUGGACCGGCAAGGAGGCAUUCGAAGUCAAGGGCGCCUUCAACUGUUAUACUGCCGAUGUCUUCUCCCAGUACGCAUUUGGAGAGCCUAUGGGAUUUAUCGAGCAGGAGGGCUGGGAGCCCAACUUUGGAACUUGGACUUCGUCAUUCUUGACAACCACUUAUAUGAUGCGUCACAACGGGUUUGCCAGGCGAAUGGCCGAUAUCCUCCCCAUUUUCGCGAAUUAUAUGGGCGACGAUGUCAAGAGGAUAAUGCACCAGAUGCAUCACGUUAUCCCAGCCUAUAUCAAGACUGCCCUGGCAAAUCCCGAUGGCGGCCGUGUCUUUAACGAGAUUCUGAACUCCAACGUCCUGCCUGAGGAAGAGAAGAGCAUUUAUCGUCUCUCGGGUGAGGGAUUUGUCUUUCUUGUUGCUGGAACAGAAACCACUGCAGCUAUUCUGACUGUCAUGACGUUUCACCUCCUUCAUCAACCCAAGAUCUAUGCUCGUCUAAUGAAAGACCUUGAAGGCGUAGAUCAGAACAACCUCAAAUGGGCACAGCUCGAGCAGAGACCAUACCUUUGGGCCCUCGUUCAGGAGGCCUUGCGACACCAGCCUGGUGCGGCCGCUAGGUCAGCCCGUAUCGCCCGUGAGGAGGAGCUCUACUACAAGAGUCAAGAUGAAAAGACGCAAUUUGUAAUUCCCCGAGGUACACCUGUAAGCAUGACUGCCAUGAUCAACCACUGGGACACGCGGCUGUUUCCGGACCCCGACGCAUUCAACCCUGAUCGCUGGUUGUUGCCCGAUGGCAAGCCAGAUUAUACGCUGCAAAAGUUCCUCAUCUCGUUCUCGAAGGGAUCUAGGGUUUGCGUUGGUGAGAGUCUUGCGCUAUGCGAGAUCUACAUCAUGGCCGCCCUGAUGGCGUUUCUAAUUAUUCCCAAAGCCGAACUUUUCGAGACUACGAUUGAGGAUCUCACAUAUGACCAUGACUUGGUGGUGUUACAGACGAAGAAAGGACACAUCUCGACUCGCAUCAAGAUCGCAUGA